GAUUCUUCUUUCUUUACCUUUUACCUCCUUUGUUUUCAUUUCUCCAGUCAAACCAAUUUUUUAUGGAAUAAAAAUGACAUCCAAUCCUAAGUUAAUUCCUCAACAGGAAUAUAUUUUACAGGGAAGCAUUAAUGACUCUGCUGUUGAAAUGCUUCUUCAUCGACUUCAAGGUUUAUGUGAUAAUGCCGAUGAUCCUACAGAGACUUUUCUCGAUCGUGAAUAUAUCUACUCUAUAAAAAAUCCCUCCGGUCAGGCGGUAAUGUUGCGAGUACGUCAGGACCUUGAACGUAAAGAUUAUCCAUGGCAUCUGAGAUACUUGGGUCAACCUGAAAUUGGUGAUAAGACUAGAGCAACAUUGGUACGAUCCUGUAUUGAUGUAGCCUGUUCUAAUAAUGUCUGUAAAUUUCUAACCGAGAUGGGUUUUAAAAAAGAUUACGAAUUUUACAGUAAGGGUUAUAUGUUCAAGAAAGGUAGACUCAAGGUAAUUGUGGCAAAAAUAUUCCAUGUUCCAACUUCAGAGGUAGGUCAGCAACAGCCAGUUUUUGCUGAUAGUAAUGUUCAAACAGUCACUCAAUCUUACUUGGUUGAGGUUAGCAUUGUUGCUCCGUCUGGAUCUGAUCCACUAGCUGAUGAGAUUAAACAAUUUGCAGAUCAACUAAAACCACUUGUAAAUCUGGAGAAAAUUGACCCACGAAGAUUGGCAUAAGGAGGCGAAAAAAUUUAUUUAUUCUGUUAAAAAAAGCCAGAAGUUGUAAAAAAAUCCUUUCAACUUACUACAUCAUGUUUAUGAUAUGUUGUAAAGUGAAGAUAGACGUAAGAUGGAUGAAUAAUAAUCUUAUUACGCACUUGUGUGAAAUUCAUUUAAUUUAGCAA